AUGAUGGCCAUGAACGCCAAGCAGCCGUUCGCCAUGCACGCUGCCCUCCAGGAGCCCAAGUACUCCGGCCUGCACUCCAGCUCGGAGGCUAUGCGCAGAGUUUGCCUCCCGGCCCCGCAGCUCCAGGGCAAUAUAUUCGGAAGCUUCGAUGAGAGCCUGCUGGCCCGCGCGGAGGCUCUGGCGGCCGUCGACAUCGUCUCGCACGGCAAGAGCCACCCCUUCAAGCCGGACGCGACCUACCACGCCAUGAGCAGCGUCCCCUGCGCCCCCGCCGCCGCGGCCCUGCCGCUCCCCGCGGCGCUCGCCCCCCACCCGGGCCUCGACGGCGACCUCCUGGAGCACCUCCCGCCCUCGCUGGCCGUCGCCGGGCUGGGCGAGCCCCCGGCCGUCCCGGCGCCGCUGCCGCCGCCCCCGCCGCCCCCGCACGCGCUGGGCGCCGCGGGCCACCUGGCCGUGGGCAUGGGCCCCCCCGGGGGCCCCGCGCCGCCGCUGCCCGCGCCGCCCUGCGCGCCCGACGUGGAGUCCGACCCGCGGGAGCUGGAGGCCUUCGCCGAGCGCUUCAAGCAGCGGCGCGUCCGGCUGGGGGUGACCCAGGCCGACGUGGGGGCGGCGCUGGCCGAGCUGAAGAUCCCGGGCGUGGGCUCGCUCAGCCAGAGCACGAUCUGCCGCUUCGAGUCGCUGACGCUGUCGCACAACAACAUGACGGCGCUGCGGCCGGUGCUGCAGGCCUGGCUGGAGGAGGCCGAGGCCGCGCACCGCGACCGCGCCGCCAAGCCCGAGCUCUUCGCCGGCGCCGAGCGCAAGCGCAAGCGCACGUCCAUCGCCGCGCCCGAGAAGCGCUCGCUGGAGGCCUACUUCGCGCUCCAGCCGCGGCCCUCCUCCGAGAAGAUCGCCGCCAUCGCCGAGAAGCUCGACCUCAAGAAGAACGUGGUGCGCGUCUGGUUCUGCAACCAGCGGCAGAAGCAGAAGCGCAUGAAGUACUCGGCGGUGCACUGA